UUAGCUUUCUGGGUACUUUCCAUACCUGGAGAGAGAGAGAGAGAGAGAGAGAGAGAGAGUUUGGAGGAAGACUCACACUGAAGAGACAUAGUGAAGGGGUUGAAGAAGCAGAGAGGGGGUCCUACUGCUUAUUUUUUGGAGGGCAGUAACAGUCCCUGUCAAUGAUUUUUACUUGGGUGGUGAUGGUGGUGGCUCUCUCAAUGACCCACCCAAUCAAUAUCACACUUGCUUAUUGCUCAGGAAUUUAAUCAAUAAACCAAACUCCUUCCUCUACUUCACCUUUGUUCCUUUCACCCUCUUUUUUUCUCUCUGGAUCUUUUUCAUCACUUGGAGGAUUUUGAAUUUAAGGUGCCUCAAAAGGGAAAGGUGGAUCUCAGUCAUAUGAGGAGACCUUCAACUCUCGUGGAUGUGCUUCUGGUACUUGCAUUGUUCAGUUGUAGCACAUGGACAGUGUGGAGCAGCACACUGUGCAAACAGACAAACUUGGAUGAUGUUCGACCUCACAGUGUCAGUAUUACUGAAUUUGGUGCUGUUGGCGAUGGGGUCACCCUAAACACAAAAGCAUUUCAGAAUGCCAUCUUUUACCUAAAUUCAUUUGCAGACAAAGGUGGAGCAAAGCUUUUUGUCCCAGCUGGGCGGUGGUUAACUGGUAGUUUUGAUCUCAUCAGCCAUCUAACUUUGUGGUUGGAUCAAGAUGCAGUAAUUCUUGGAUCAACGAACUCUGAGGAUUGGCCAAUUGUUGAUCCUUUACCAUCUUAUGGGCGAGGAAGGGAGUUACCGGGUGGAAGGCAUAGGAGCCUUAUUUAUGGGCGCAAUUUGACUGAUGUUAUCAUAACAGGUAACAAUGGAACUAUCGAUGGUCAAGGAAGUAUAUGGUGGAGCAGGUUUAGGAACAAAACUCUGGAUUAUACACGUCCUCAUUUGGUAGAAUUGAUGAAUUCAACCGGGGUUCUCAUUUCAAAUUUAACCUUCUUGAAUUCUCCAUUUUGGAAUAUUCAUCCUGUAUAUUGCAGCCAAGUUACAGUUCAGAAUGUCACGAUCCUUGCUCCUCUUGAUUCACCAAACACAGAUGGGAUUGAUCCAGAUUCUUCAGACAAUGUAUGCAUUGAAGACUGUUAUAUAAGCACUGGUGAUGAUCUGAUUGCCAUCAAAAGUGGGUGGGAUGAGUAUGGCAUUGCAUUUGGUCGUCCAAGCACAAAUAUUAUCAUCCACAGGCUCAUUGGGAAAACUAAAACCAGUGCAGGGAUUGCUAUUGGAAGUGAGAUGUCUGGUGGUGUAUCAGAAGUUCAUGCAGAAGAUAUUUACUUCUACGAUUCAUAUACCGCAAUCAGAAUAAAGACUACUCCUGGGAGGGGUGGUUAUGUUAGAAACAUCUAUAUCUCUAACGUGACCUUGGCUAAUGUUGAUAUUGCUGUUAGGUUCACUGGUUCAUAUGGGGAUCAUCCAGAUGAAGAUUAUGACCCAAAUGCUUUUCCUGUAAUAGAAAAGAUUACAAUCAAGGACGUGAUAGGAGAAAAUAUCACAAGGGCAGGUCUCAUAGAGGGUAUAGAAGGUGACAAUUUUGUCAACAUCUGCCUAUCAAACAUCACCCUCAAUGUGAGCUCAAGCUUUGCAUGGAACUGCUCUUAUGUUGAAGGAUACUCUGAUUUGGUUUUGCCAGAAGCUUGUGAACCUCUCAAGGAGAGAAUAUUCCCUGACCAUUGUUCAGACUGUUACUACUUGUCAAAUAACCUAAGGAGCUCCAAUAGUCAAAAAAGAGGGCAAGUUUCAGGUGACAUAAGAAGUUGAGUGGAGUUGCUGACAUGUGAUUGUCCAUCUCUAUAAAGAUACAGACAGGGAUGAUUGUUUCUUGUAACUUGUGUGUGCAGUAACAAAUAAUUGAGUGAUUUAUCAUAAAUAGGAAGUCGAAUGAUUUCAUGUAUUGCUUUUCUAGCUAUAUAUAUAUAUGGCUUUGGAAAAGAAAAAAGAAAAAUUUUGUGUUUCUAUUG